ACCAAAGAGACCCCCAGGACAGAAGUACACAGCUGUGAAGUCCACCAUAUCCAGAGUGAAGAAAUGCCCAACAGCAGCUCCUUCAGCCACUUCCUCCUGCUGGCACUGGCAGACACACGGCAGCUGCAGCUCCUGCACUUCUGCCUCUUCCUGGGCAUCUCCCUGGCUGCCCUCCUGGGCAACACCCUCAUCAUCACUGCCAUAGCCUGCAGCCACCACCUGCACAGCCCCAUGUUCUUCUUCCUGCUCAACCUGGCCCUCACUGACCUGGGCUGCAUCUGCACCACUGUGCCCAAAGCCAUGCACAAUUCCCUCUGGGACACCAGAGAAAUCUCCUACUCAGGAUGUGCUGCACAGCUGUUUCUGUUUGCCUUUUUCAUCUCAGCAGAGUUUUCCCUGCUGACCAUCAUGUGCUACGACCGCUAUGUGUCCAUCUGCAAACCCCUGCACUACGGGACCCUCCUGGGCAGCAGAGCUUGUGCCCACAUGGCAGCAGCUGCCUGGGCCAGUGGCUUUCUCUACUCUCUGCUGCACACAGCCAAUACAUUUUCCCUGCCCCUGUGCCAGGGCAAUGCCCUGGGCCAGUUCUUCUGUGAAAUCCCACACAUCCUCAAGCUCUCCUGCUCCAAAUCCUACCUCAGGGAACUUGGGCUCAUUGUUCUAAGUGCUUUUCUAUAUUUUGGCUGUUUUGUGUUCAUUGUUUUCUCCUAUGUGCAGAUCUUCAGGGCUGUGCUGAGGAUCCCCUCUGAGCAGGGACGGCACAAAGCCUUUUCCACCUGCCUCCCUCACCUGGCCGUGCUCUCCCUGUUCCUCAGCACUGCAGUCUUUGCCCACCUGAAGCCCCCCUCCAUCUCCUCCCCAUCCCUGGAUCUGGCAGUGUCAGUUCUGUACUCGGUGGUGUCUCCAGCCCUGAACCCCCUCAUCUACAGCCUGAGGAACCAGGAGCUCAAGGCUGCCCUGAGAAAAUUGAUGACUCUGUAUUUUCAGAAGUAUUAAACUCUCUCUUUUCUGCUGCAGAGCCUUUUGAAUGUAACUCUUUGGAAUCUCAGCCUUAUUAGUCCCUGUUUGUGCAUUUAUUCAUCAGUAACUUUUGCUACUGUUGUUGUGUGUUUUACAAAUACUGUAGUAUUACUUUUUGUAUUUCUACAUGAAUAUCUACCUUUCUUUUGAAACACAAAGACCUGCAAGAGGUCUGUUCCCUAUGUAUUUAAAUAAAAAUAAGUGUUUGCCCUGACCUGUGUUUCCAGGGUCAUUCCUCAGCGCUUCUCUGGCUCUGCAGUGAAUGAUUUUGGGUACCUUAACACCUCAAGGGUUAAAGGUUUGCAGGUUAAAUGGGCUAACUUAAUGCAGUUACUGCUGUGGAAAGUGUUUUAUGUUCAACUGGAUGUUGUAUUAAAUGCUUUGCCAAAGUUCCUUGGUUCUCUGUACUUUGCCAGUAAAAUUCUGUGUGGUUUUCACCUCUGA